AUGAUCGUGUCGACAACAGACUCGAUCGCAGCUAUGUCGCAAAUCCUCUCCGCGUCUUUCGGACCCAAAAACCAAGGAUUCCAGGUGGGGCAGAAUUAUGGGUCGAUCAACACCGAAUUCCAUCUAUCGCCAGAACGACCAGAGACGCCACCACAACCGUUCGCGACCAUCCCCUUCUCCCGCGAUCCCGAUUUCGUCGACCGCGGAGACAUCCUCGACCAGAUCGACAAGCGAUGUUCCGAGCCGGCUGGUCGGGUAGCCCUCGUCGGCCUCGGCGGCGUGGGCAAGUCGCAGCUGGCCAUCGAAUACGCUCACCGGAUCGCCGUCGGGCAGCCUGACAUAUGGGUAUUCUGGGUCCACGCCGGCACACAGGCGCGCGUCGAAGAGGGCUUUAGGACGAUCGCCGACGCCGUCAAGCUUGCCGGCCGUAACCAACCCAAAGCCGAUAUCCCACAGCUUGUGUACAGCUGGCUGUCCAAUGAACGGAACGGCAAAUGGAUUGUGGUCCUUGAUAGCGCCGACGACCGCGAUGUGUUCUAUAACGCGGAUCAUGCCCACGGCGUGACUAGCAGCGAUGCGCGCGACAGGCGGCCGUUUGCGACAUACCUACCACAAAGCCGAAACGGAUCGAUUAUCGUGACCACACGCAAUAAGGACUUGGCUUUCAGGCUGACUGGCCGCCAUCAGAACAUGAUCGACGUCGGGCCGAUGGCGCAGGCCGAUGCGCUUACACUCCUGGAGAAAAAGCUGGGAUCGCUGGCAAAUCCAGAUGUGGCGGCCGAUCUCGUGGAGGCGCUCGACCUUGUUCCGCUAGCCAUCAGUCAGGCGGCCGCGUACAUCCAGGCACGGGCGCCGCGGAGCUCAGCUGAGAAAUACCUGGCUGAGUUCCGGGAAAACGAGUGUAGGAGGGUCGGGCUACUGGGGUACAGCGGCGGCGACCUGCGACGGGAUGGAUGGGCGUCCAACGCGAUCCUCACGACAUGGCAGAUAUCUUUUGACUAUAUCCGGUCGAAGCGGCGUACUGCUGCGGACCUUUUGUCGCUUAUGAGCUUCUUUGACCGACAAGGUAUCCCUGAGUGGAUUCUAGGCAACCCCGAGAUCGCAAGCGAUGCAAUGGGGCCAAGGGGUGAAGAUGCCGGAAAGUUGGAUGAUAGCGGCAGCGCCUUAUUAUGGCGAUAUUGGUCUCGAGUUCGCCGUCUAUUUCAUCGUCUGCACAACCGUCUGAGUCGCCAUCCGGCCCAUCCUACUACCGUAGACGAACCAGACGACCACAAUUGGAAUGAUAACAGCAGUAUCAUAGAUGGCGAGACAAAUGGUACCAGGGGUGAAUUCGAAGACGAUGUGGCAAUGCUAAGGGAUUACUGUCUAAUCACUACGAAUGAGGUUGGGGACGAGUUCGAGAUGCACGGGCUCGUGCAGCUAUCGAUGAGGAAGUGGCUAGAAACGUGUGGGCAGCAGGAGACGUUCAAGCAGCAGUUCAUCGAGCGAAUGGCAGCGUCAUUCCCCACAGGGGAGUACGAGAACUGGGUGAAGUGCUCGAAUCUCUUUGCACACGUUCAAGUGGCCCUUGGUUACAAACCCAGCAAAGAGACAUGCGAAAUAUGGGCGACACUUUUGCAUAACGGGGGAUGGUAUGCAUGGUCGCAAGGGAGAUAUGAAGUUGCAGAGCAGAUGCUAGGCAAGGCGAGAAAUGUUCGCAAGAAGAAGUUGGGUGCAGAGAAUCUGGCGACUCUUGCAAGUAUAUCACUAUUUGCUCUGGUCCAAAUAGGCCGCGGCCGGUGGAAGGAGGCCGAGAAGCUGUUUGUGCAGGUGAUGGAGACGAGCAAGGCCAAGCUCGGGACCGACCACCCUUCCACGCUGACGAGCAUGGCCAACCUGGCAUCGACAUACAGGAGCCAGGGCCGGUGGAAGGAGGCCGAGAAGCUGGAGGUGCAGGUGAUGGAGACGAGCAAGGCCAAGCUCAGGACCGACCACCCUUCCACGCUGACGACCAUGGCCAACCUGGCAUCGACAUUUGGGAACCAGGGCCGGUGGGAGGAGGCCGAGAAGCUGGAGGUGCAGGUGGUGGAGACGAGCAAGGCCAAGCUCGGGACCGACCACCCAGACACGCUGAGGAGCAUGAACAACUUGGCAUCGACAUUUGGGAACCAGGGCCGGUGGGACGAGGCCGAGAAGCUGUUUGUGCAGGUGGUGGAGACGAGCAAGACCAAGCUCGGGACCGACCACCCUUCCACGCUGACGAGCAUGGCCGGCCUGGCAUCGACAUUUUGGAACCAGGGCCGGUGGGAGGAGGCCGAGAAGCUGUUUGUGCAGGUGAUGGAGACGAGCAAGGCCAAGCUCGGGACCGACCACCCUUCCACGCUGAGGAGCAUGAACAACCUGGCAUCGACAUACAGGAACCAGGGCCGGUGGGACGAGGCCGAGGAGCUGUUUGUGCAGGUCAAUGUCGACACACAGAUGCUUUGGCAUUGA